AUGAAAGACAACACGAAAAAUGAGUACGGAACUUUCCCCAUAAUGAUCAACGAAGGGCACUCAGAUCAGGUGGGGGAGAAAAAGUUCUUGAGCGGAGGCAUUUACCACACGAUCCUGGAGCGAGCCAAGUUACUGUGUCUGUUCCUAACAUGGUAUGCACUAAACAUAUUAUACAAUGUGGAUAAUAAAAGAGCCCUUAACAUGACCAAGCUCCCAUGGUUUAUCAGCUCCGUGCAGCUCUUCACAGGAUGGAUAUUCAUUUCCAUGUAUUGGCUGACUGGGUACAAGAAGCUUCCACGAAUAUAUACAUUUGAUUUGUUUUUAAAAAAUAUCGGGAUACAGAGUUUUUGUCACAUCAUGGUUCACUUUGGUGCCGUCGUGGCCAUGUCAUCUACAACAGUAUCCUUCACUCAUGUGGUGAAAGCAUGUGAACCUGUUUUCACGGCCCUACUCUCCAUCCUCUUACUCAAGCAAUACAUGACGAUAAGCAAAUAUUUCAUGUUACUAGUUAUUGUGGCAGGAGUUAUUUGUGCAUCUGUGAAGGAGAUUCAUUUCACUUGGUUAUCCUUCUGGUGUGCAACUAUCUCGAAUCUUGGGUCUUCAUUGAGGUCCAUUUUUGCUAAGAAGAUGAUGACACAGAAAUCUUUAAUAGGAGAAAAUUUAAAUGCUUCAAAUAUAUAUGCCAUGAUUACCAUCUGUUCAGCUAUCAUGUCCCUACCCCUAGUAGCAGUCUUCGAGGGCAAGGCGGCAUAUAACUUCGUUACGAAUUACCAGAAUACAACCCUGAACCCUAACCAUACCUACAGAGAGAUCAUUACUAAAAUUUUUUUGAGUGGAAUUUGGUACUACCUGAACAAUGAAGUUGCGUUCAUGUGUCUCGAGAAAGUAAAUCAAGUGACUCACGCUGUGGCGAAUUCGAUUAAGCGAGUUGUCAUCAUCGUGUCCUCCAUCAUCAUUUUUCAGACCCAGAUCACCUUGCUCGGCGCCCUCGGCUCUGCCGUUGCCAUCACGGGCGCCUUCCUCUACUCCAUCAUUUGA